GGUACCCCUCGGUGUUCUGCUCUCUUGAAGCGGGUUCAGGGAAGUGUUGAGGGGGCGGAUUGUCUUGAUUUUCUCCACAACGCGCUCAGCCAAUAACUGUUGUGCACAUCUCAGCUGGCAGACAUUUAAAAGGGAGACAGUCAGGCGCUGGAGCAAUUUGUAUUAAACCCCCACGUUGGCCCCCGUCUAUGGAGCGCGUUGUCUCCCAGUUAUUCAGAGUACCACAAGAGUCCAGGCAACUUCUGUAGGUGCAAGAGCGGCGAACGACUGACGGGAUCACAUCAUUCCUCUUGAAGAAUUUGGAGAAUCGCCCAGGGAUGGCUGUCUCAGCGCAUACUCUGUGCAGUAUGGUUUUCAUCAUCGGGAUGCUGUCAUCUCACGUGGAUUCAAAAAGAAACCGAGCCUCGCAAGGGGCCAUUCCUCAUCCUGACAAAAACAACCCGAACGAAUCCGAGCAGCAGCCCCAGCCCCAGCAAACGGGUCCCAGGUCCCAGAGGCCAGGCUCAUCCUCACCGGCCGACGAGGUGCUGGAGUCCAGCCAGGAGGCUCUGCAUGUGACGGAGCGCCAGUAUUUGAAACGGGACUGGUGCAAAACGCAGCCUCUCAAGCAGACGAUCCACGAGGAGGGCUGCGUCAGCCGAACCAUCAUCAACCGCUUCUGCUACGGACAGUGCAACUCUUUCUACAUCCCCAGGCACAUCCGCAGGGAGGAGGGCGCCUUCCAGUCCUGCUCGUUUUGCAAACCGAAGCGGUUCACCUCCCUGACUUUUACCUUGAACUGUCCGGACCAGCAGCCUCCCACCAAGAAGAAGCGCAUCCAGCGCGUCAAGCAGUGCCGCUGUGUCUCCAUAGACCUGGACUGAACACGCUGCAAUGAUCCGCAGACGGGGUUGGUAGAGAAAACAAGCGCCAGUCUCCAUCUAGAGAUGUACAAGGACGUUUUUGAAUAUUCUCCUCUUGCACAAAAAAACAAAAAACCUGACAUGCAACAUUGAGCAAAAACGUUUUACUCCUUGUUAGUUAAAUAAAUAAUAAUAAUAAAAAAACACUGCACGGAAACGCUUACUCCAAACGGGCACAUCUCUUUUUUUUCUUUUUCGCACGGCUUCCUUACUUGAGUCAGGACUGCAACAAUUCUGUUUCACCACUCCAAUCACAGUCCUCCCCAAACCAAUCCUGUAUUUAACACAUUAUGUUUCUAGAACUGGAUGUUUCCACUGUGUGGAGUUUGAUAAAUGGAUAUUUGUAAUGAAAAUGUGAUUAUUGUUAUUAUUUUUAUUUCGACAUUUCAAGAAUCUUUUGAGGUUAACCUAACUGAUUUCUGUGAAUUUCGAAGCUUACUGGUAAAAUAUUUCAUUUUUUUAAUGUCUGGAGUCUAUUUAAAAAUCAUUCAAAGUAAAACAGACUCAGUUUUAUAAAACUAUUGUACAGUAUUGGGUUAGUAUUGAGACUAUAUGGUUUUAAAAUGUAAAGCCGUUUUGAUUUAACCUGUUUGUUUAUUCCUUUUGAUUAAAUUAUCUAUUAAAACUCAAUAAA